GACUCUCGUGGCUUCAUCAUGGCUUCUCAGGGGCGUCAGAUCCUUGGUAUCCUGCUGUCCUUCAUCGGCUGGCUGGGCACCAUCAUCACCUGUGCUCUGCCUAUGUGGAAGGUCACUGCUUUCACUGGGGAGAACAUAAUCACCGCACGGGAGAUCUGGGAGGGCCUGUGGAUGAACUGUGUGACCAAGAGCACAUGGCAAAUGCAGUGUAGAAAACACGACUCCAUGCUGGCUCUGCCUCAGGACCUGCAGGCUGCCAGGGCCAUAGUGAUCAUCUCUGUGAUUGUUGGGGUGUUUGGCAUACUCAUGGCCAUCGUUGGAGGGAAGUGUACCAACUGCAUGGAAGACGAGGCAUCCAAAGCUAAUGCCUGCAUCGUCUCUGGAAUGAUCUUCAUAAUAACAGCCCUUCUGAUCCUGAUACCGGUGUCCUGGUCAGCUCACAACAUUAUCAGAAACUUCUACAACCCUCUGGUGAUCGCAUCACAGAGACGGGAGCUCGGCCCUGCUCUCUACAUCGGCUGGGUCUCUGCAGGUCUGCUGCUUCUAGGAGGGGGUCUGCUAUGCAGCAACUGCCCCCCAAAGAACAGCAGAACCUACAUAUCUGCCAAGUUUGGCCAUGCAAGAACCGUAUCAUCAUAUGUGGUCUAUAUGUAAGUCACUUGGCUGCAGAGGUUUUUAUUAAUUUGAAAAAGAUGUCAUGACUAAUAGACAUUUAAUUUGCUAUUUUAUCUGUAGUUAUUUAGUCCUUUUAUAAAAUUUAGAAAGAUUCAAAAUUAUUUUA